AAACUUUCUCGACCACUCGAGAAGAAAACGUUAACAACUUCCUCUCUGUGGCAGUUUUUUUAUUAUUGAUCUUCUUAUUGAUAAUUAUCUCCAUCUUCUGGACUUUCCAGAGAGAAAAAUAUAAUGUGGUUUUUCGGAUCGAAAGGAGCAUCUGGAUUCUCUGCUCGUUCCACAGCAGAAGAAGUCACACAUGGAGUUGACGGAACUGGCCUCACUGCCAUUGUCACUGGAGCAUCGAGUGGUAUUGGAGUAGAGACAGCGCGUGUUCUUGCACUGCGUGGUGUCCACGUGGUUAUGGCGGUGAGGAACACUGGCUCUGGUGCUAAAGUUAAAGAGGAUAUUGUCAACCGUGUCCCUGGAGCUAAACUAGAUGUCAUGGAGUUGGAUCUCAGCUCAAUGGACUCUGUCAGGAAGUUUGCAUCUGAUUACAAAUCAUCUGGUCGUCCUCUCAACCUCUUGAUCAACAACGCUGGGAUAAUGGCAUGUCCCUUUAUGCUCUCUAAGGACAACAUCGAGCUUCAAUUUGCAACCAACCAUAUAGGUCAUUUUCUGUUGACAAAGCUUCUGCUAGAUACAAUGAAGAACACAUCACGUGAGAGCAAAAGAGAAGGAAGGAUUGUGAAUCUAUCAUCAGAGGCUCAUCGGUACACGUAUCCAGAAGGAGUCCGCUUUGAUAAGAUCAACGACAAGUCAAGUUACAAUAGUUUCCGAGCUUAUGGACAAUCUAAACUCUGCAAUGUAUUGCACGCCAACGAGCUUUCAAAGCAACUGAAGGAAGAUGGAGUCAAUAUAACUGCAAAUUCACUUCAUCCAGGAGCUAUUAUGACUAAUCUUCCCCGCUACUUCAACAGCUAUUUGGCUGGAGCUGUUGGUGCAGUGGCUAAAUAUGUGCUCAAGACUGUUCCUCAGGGGGCGGCAACGACUUGCUACGUGGCAUUGAAUCCUCAGGUUACAGGAGUUACAGGGGAAUACUUCUUGGAUAGUAACAUUGCUAAACCAACAUCACUUGCUAAAAAUUCAGAAUUGGCCAAGAAGGUUUGGGACUUCAGCACUAAGCUUACCGAGUCGCAGUCAGGAGAAAGUAGUUCUUGAAACUAAAAUGUUCAGUGAAUCUUUACUUUGAUGGUUUCCACUCGUUGUGAUUUCUAUUUGAGUCUUUACCAAAGUAAAUAAAAUGUAAUAACAAAUCUGAAUCACUUCAACUCUGCAAAAUGUUGGUUUACUUCUGGUUCUAACCGGUUUGGUUUCUAGCUUUCAUCAAAGCUUCCUUGGUAUAUAGAGCAGAGAGACUCAAGAAAAAGGUGAAUAUAUUUUGUAAACAAUCAUGAGAAUGAUUAGAAGACAACUUUUGAAUUCAAAUAGAAGCAGCCACGAGGAGACAAUACUGUCAAUGCAUUAAUAAAGAGCCAUCAGAAAUGAACAUCAAUGAGGAUUAGUUUAGUAGAAUUAGCAAGAUUAACUUUUGGAGUUUUUAAUUAAUCUUUUGUGUUUAAACUUUGGAGCAUAACGUGCAGUUUUUGUCGACAUGGAGUGUUAAUAUUUAAAGAAGAGAGCUAAACUGGAUGGUCUCUCUGUAGUUAAUUCUUUUCACACCCUCUAUAUAAUUGUCGGUCCCUAUAAGUUUGUUUAUUUGUUUGAUUCUGGACCAAACGAUAUUCACAUGAUUUUCCAUCUUCUAAUAUGUACUAUUAUCUAAAUGUUGAAAUC